AUGUACAUUACUGGUACUUAUCAAGCGCACUCAGCAUUGGCAGUUUGCCACACUCGCAGCGAGAUUGGCGCUGCAUCCAUAGUUUCAUUGAGAUUCGUAGAAACCAGCCCGGCAGGCACGACCUGUAAUCCAGCCGAGGCACCAUGUAUCGGAGGAUUUGCUAGACUGGCUACUAAAGUGAGGGAGAGACAAGCAGCUGAACCAGAUUCCUUAUUACUAAAUGCAGGGGACAGUUUCCAAGGUACCAUAUGGUACAAUAUCUUGAGAUGGAACGUAACCCAAGACUUCAUGAAUAUGCUCAAACAUGACGCUCAUGUCUUAGGGAAUCACGAGUUCGACAAUGGUAUUGAAGGCGUAGUACCUUAUCUUGAGCACUUGGAUUCUCCUGUAGUCACUGCCAAUAUUAUUGAUGACGAUGAACCAACUAUCCAAGGGCUGUACAAACCAAGUAUUAUAGUAGAACGAGGCGGACGGAAGAUUGGUAUAAUCGGUGUUAUUAUUGCUAUCACCGACGUGAGUUCAUCUACGGGAAGGCUCAGAUUUACUGACGAAGUUGAAACAGUCAAAGCAGAAGCUGAAAAACUACACCAACAAGGAAUCAACAUCAUCAUAGUACUUUCACAUUGCGGUCUGGAUAUUGAUAAAGAAAUAGCGGCAAAUGGCGGUCCUCACAUCGACAUCGUUGUAGGAGGUCACAGUCACACCCUGCUCUUUAAUGGCGAGCCUCCAGAGAACAGCGGGUUUGUCCCUCGUGGUCCCUAUCCGGUUGUAGUGGAUACUGAUGGCGGACCGGUACUGAUCGUUCAAGCCGCUGCGCAUACGCAAUUCCUUGGCGAGAUCAAGCUAUUUUUUGAUGAUUCAGGCAAUCUACUCGAUUGGGAAGGUCAUCCUCAUUACAUCGGAAAUGAAAUCGAACAAGCACCCGAUGUCCUAGAUAAGAUAAAAAUAUACCAACCAUUGGUCGAAGAACAAGCUUCAGUAGAAAUAGGUUCGUCGCUGGUGCAUUUAUCUUCAAGGUGCGCUUGUGGUGAAUGUAAUCUGGGCAGUUUUGUCUGUGACGCCUUCAUGCAUGAAGUCAUGGCCAGAGCUCAGGGUGAUAGCUGGCAUCAUGCUCAUUUUUGCGUUAUCAACCGAGGAAACGUUAGGAUGGAUAUCGCACCCGGAAAAAUAACAUUCGAAUCAGUGAUCGUAUCUAUACCGUUCGAAAACAACGUCGAGGUUUUCGAUUUAAGAGGAGACCACAUUAUGGAAAUGCUCGAAUUUUCUGUCGCUAAUGUACCGUUUGCUGGUGCGAGAAUGUUGCAAGUCUCCGGAUUGUUGCUGACAUUCGACGGGUCUAGGCCGGUUAACGAACGCGUUCUGAACGUGGCCGUCAGGUGCAUCGCCUGCGACGUCCCCAGAUACGAACCACUGGAGCUUGACAAGUAUUACAGAGUUGUCUCCCAGAGUUUCAUCGGAGCCGGCGGAGAUGGAUUCACAAUGAUUUCAAACAACCGUAAGAACGUCACAGUCGUGGGCGUCGACUAUGAUCUGCUGAUGAAGUACGUGAGGCACCGGUCUCCAGUUUUCGCGGACGUAGAUGGAAGGAUACACAUCGACAAUCCAUAUUUUAAUCGGAAAAUGAAUCGGUAUUGUGUUUUGACAUUGUUUGUGGUCGUGAGUGCUCAUGAUAAUAGAUAUGCCUUGAAUAUCCUGCAUUAUAAUGAUUUUCAUGCGAGAUUCGUAGAAACCAGCCCAGCGGGCACACUUUGUAAUCCGACCAAUGCACCAUGUAUCGGAGGAUUUGCCAGACUCGCUACUAAAGUAAGGGAGAGACAAGCAGCUGAACCAGACUCCUUGCUACUAAAUGCAGGAGAUAGCUUCCAGGGUACCAUAUGGUACAAUAUCUUUAGAUGGAAUGUAACUCAAGAGUUCAUGAACAUGCUCAAACAUGAUGCUCAUGUCUUAGGAAACCACGAGUUCGAUAACGGCAUUGAAGGCGUAGUACCUUAUCUUGAGCACUUGGAUUCUCCUGUAGUCACUGCCAAUAUUAUUGAUGACGAUGAGCCAACUAUCCAAGGGCUGUACAAACCAAGCAUUAUCGUAGAAAGGGGAGGCCGGAAGAUUGGUAUAAUCGGUGUUAUUAUUGCCAUUACCGACCAACUAGCAUCUACUGGGAAACUACAAUUCACCGAUGAAGUUGAAACAGUCAAAGCAGAAGCGGAGAAACUACACCAACAAGGAAUCGACAUCAUUAUAGUACUAUCACAUUGCGGUCUUGAUAUUGAUAGAGAAAUAGCGGCUAAUGGUGGUCCUCACAUCGACAUCGUUGUAGGAGGUCAUAGUCACACCCUGCUCUUUAAUGGUGAGCCUCCAGAGAACAGCGGGUUUGUCCCUCGUGGUCCCUAUCCGGUCGUUGUGGAUACUGACGGCGGACCGGUAUUGAUCGUCCAGGCUGCCGCGCACACACAGUAUCUUGGCGAGAUCAAACUGUUUUUCGAUGACUCAGGCAAUCUACUUGAUUGGGAGGGUCAUCCUCAUUACAUUGGGAAUGAAAUCGAACAAGCGCCCGAUGUUUUAGAAAAAAUUAAAGUAUACCAACCAUUGAUCGAAGAACAAGCGUCAGUGGAAGUAGGUUCAUCGCUCGUGCACUUGUCUUCAAGGUGCGCUUGCGGUGAAUGUAAUCUUGGCAGUCUUAUCUGCGAUGCUUUCAUGCACGAAGUCAUGGACAGAGCUCAGGGUAACAAUUGGCAUCAUGCUCAUUUCUGCGUCAUCAACCAAGGCGGUAUCAGAGUGGACAUCGAACCUGGAAAAAUAACGUUCGAAUCUGUGAUCUCAUCGACACCGUUCGAGAACAGCGUUGAGGUUUUCGAUUUAAGAGGAGACCACAUUAUGGAAAUGCUCGAAUUUUCUGUCGCUAAUGAUCCCUAUGCUGGUGCGAGAAUGUUGCAAGUCUCUGGAUUGUUGCUGACAUUCGACGGGUCGAGGCCGGUUAACGAACGGGUUCUGAACGUGGCCGUCAGGUGCAUCGCCUGCGACGUCCCCAGAUACGAACCGUUGGAGCGUGACAAGUAUUACAGAGUCGUCUCCCAGAGUUUCAUCGGAACGGGUGGCGAUGGAUUCUCUAUGAUUUCAAACAACCGUAAGAACGUAACAGUCGUGGGCGUCGACUAUGAUCUGCUGAUGAAGUACGUGAGGCACCAGUCUCCAGUUUUCGCGGACGUGGAUGGAAGGAUACACAUCGACAAUCCAUGUAUAGUCUGA